CGUCGGUGCCAAAAUAAUGACGUCGCCAAAUGAAAAGUACAACUAUCCGCGAGUGGUUAAAUCUUUGUGGCUAGCUUAGACGACAAUUGAGCUCAAGUAUGGCAUUAAAGUUCACUUUAACCAUAAACAUGUGGAAGUCGCAGUGCAUGAAGGAAGGCGCUUUCUGUCCGGCUGGCCGAAUCAACCAAUCAUGAAAAGCCCCUCCAAAAUUUUGGAACUUUACAACCCCCCGCAGUAAACACUCACCGCAAAGCAAACCUCAUCAGAAUACCAAAAUGCCGCCUUACGAUAGCGAGUCUUCAGACGAGGGCGAGGACUACACCGAGACGAACGUUCUGCUGGGUUAUGCCACCAAAGAUGCUACAGGAGAUGCCAUUUCUCACAUUGGUGGCGCGCCGAAUUGGAUAGACGACAAGACAGCACCCUCUGGCGCGCUUGCUAAGUGCAAAGUAUGCAACGGCCUCCUAAGCCUCCUGCUCGAGCUUAACGGCGACCUUCCCGACCACUUUCCCGGCCAUGAGCGAAGACUAUACAUCUGGAGCUGUCGGCGAAAAGCUUGUAGGAGGAGGGAAGGAAGUGUAAGGAGCAUUCGUGGGGUGCGCAUUGCAAAGGGUGCAUCAGCCAAGGCGAGUGCGAAGCCAGAGAAGGAGAUCAAGCAAGAGGAAGAGAAGCCGCAGCCUAAGAUUGGAGAGUCGUUGUUCGGUGUAAAGAACAGCACAAGUUCUGCAGCACCUGCAAACCCUUUCUCUAAUCCCUUCUCCACAAAUUCGAAUAGCACCGCGGCUGCAAACCCAUUUGCUCCGUCUGUCAGCGCAAACCCGUUUGCCGCGCCAACCGCUUCCACACCUACACCCGCAAUCGGAGUCACAUCUGAGGACAAGAAGGAUGAGGUCUCCACCACACUCCCCGAGUCUUUUGCGCAAAAAGCACGCAUCUCUGCGCCUACGACUACCACACCACAGCCGGCACGACCUCAAGAGCCGUGGCCAGUAGAGUCAGCAUUCCCAACGCCCUUCCCACAUUACUCUCUCGAUGCCGAAUACGAGACCCUCGGGACCGAAGCGCCUCAAGUACCACAAAACGUACGCAUGAUGGACAUCGACAGCGAAGGCGGCGCAAGCAGUGGAGGGAAGGAAGACAAAGAAAUCUACGAAUCCGCGCACGACGCAACGUUCCAGAAGUUCGCAGACCGGAUAGGCGAGAAUCCUGAACAGAUUCUGCGUUACGAGUUCAAAGGGAAACCGCUGCUAUACAGCGAUGCAGAUGCCGUUGGCAAGGCUCUCGCGUCCCAUUCUGAGAACGGCACAUCGAGUAAUGCGAAGGUGCAGACGACUGGGAAAGGAGGAACAGGUAUGUCGCGAUGUCAGAACUGUGGUGCUGAGAGGGUAUUUGAGGUUCAACUCACGCCGCAUGCCAUCACUGAGCUCGAAGCUGAGGAGAUGAGCAUUGAUGGUAUGGAGUGGGGCACGAUUAUCGUGGGUGUCUGUAGCAAGGACUGCAAGCCCAACGAUGUCGAAGAAGGUCAAGUUGGGUAUGUCGAGGAGUGGGCUGGUGUGCAGUGGGAGGAGGUUGCGUCGAAGAAGUAAAGAUCAAGUUUCUCGAAUCUACGAAAGGUGGAAGCCACCUCAUUCUCUGAUCAAUUCAAGGUUCAAGCUGCACGCAUAUGCGGGAAUACUCCGACUGGUCGAAGCUUAUUUCACUAGACAUUUGCAGGCUCCAGAUACAGCCUCCUCUCGUGUUUGCA